AUGCCUUCCAAUCAUCCAGAUAAUAAUGAGCAUAAUCAAUCGCCAAUGAUAACUGAAAUAGACACACAACCCAACACAACCAAUAACAACAGCACCAACGAUAAUACUCAUUUAAAAAAAGUGGCAUCUCGCUCAUCAACAAAUACAACACUUGCUACUCAAGACAUUAAGCAUUACCCUCAUUGGGAAGUUGCAGAUACACCGAUCGGUAACUAUGAGAUAUACGAUAUUUUCCUAAAGCAUGAAAAGAAAUAUGGGUUUCAGCAUGACAAUAUUCGCAACAUAUUUGACUACCUCUUGACCAUGUUAAACUCUCGCUCGGCGCGGAUGUCACCAAAGCAGGCUCUGUGGACACUGCAUGCAGAUUAUAUAGGAGGAGAACAUUCAAACUAUCGAAAGUGGUAUUUCUCGGCCAUCCUCGACCUGGAUGAUAAAUAUACACCCGCAAAUAGUCCGACUGGUCUCUUGCUCGAGGAAGCUAAACGAGGUUGGCGCAAAUGUAUGGAGACGAUGACAGAUCACACUCGAAUCUCACAAUUAGCCCUCUACAUGCUUAUUUGGGGAGAAGCAUCCGUCCUAAGAUUUGCGCCCGAGCUACUCUGUUUUAUCUAUCACGUAGCUGAAGAGUAUGACGAAGGUGUGCUUUCGACCAGUGACACAGCAAAUGUGGGAGAUAAUGGGACAGUCAAUACCUCUGCCUCAAGUACAACAACUCAUACCAUAUCCUUCAUGGACUCCAUCAUCGCACCACUCUAUGCUUUCGUUCGUGACCAAAGCUAUGAAGUCAUCAAUCAUCAUUAUGUUCGCAAAGAAAAAGAUCACAAGAACAUUAUUGGAUACGACGAUAUCAAUCAACUCUUUUGGAAUCGUCGAGCUAUAUCUAAUCUUUGCUUACGAAAUAAUGGUCCUAUGCUCAAGGACAUAUCAAAAGAACGACGUUAUCUCGAGCUUGAACAUGUGGAUUGGAACAGAGCGUUCAAAAAGACCUUUUACGAAACACGUUCCUGGUCUCAUCUCUUGACAAACUUUUCAAGGGUAUGGAUUAUUCAUGCAGUCUCCUUUUGGUAUUACAUGGCCUCAAGUGUCGAUUUUAUGUAUGCAAACAAAAAGAACACCUAUGGUGAAACCAAUAGUCAGUUUGAUCUGCCGGUUAAGUUGUCCAUCGUGGGUUUGGGUGGACUUGUCGCUAUUAUCCUCUUGGCAGCCUCUACUCUAGCCGAGUUCAUGCAUCUGAGGCUAUCUCUUCGUACACUCCGUAUCUUGUUGACUCGUUUGCUGUUCUUGUUCAUGAUGGGUGCUUGUCAUGUGGCUGCUACUUUCUAUAUCCUAAAAUACGACCAUGCGAGUAGAAGGGCCUUGGUUAUUUCCAGCUGCCAGCUUGGCCUGGGCGCCAUUUUUACCAUCUUUAUGGUCGUUACACCACCUGCAUGCCUAUUUAACCUAUCUGGAACAGGUCAAAUGUUUUCCAAGACGUUUACCGCCAACUUUCCUGAAAUGGCAGAGGAUGAUCGAUUUUUAUCCUUUUUACUUUGGAUCUGUGUCUUUACAUGCAAAUUUUUAGAGACAUACUUCUUUCUCGUCCUCUCCUUCCGAGACGCUCUUUCUGUUACCAUACGAAUGCAGCUUCACAAUUGCAGUGAAGAUCCUCUACUAGGACGCAGGCUUUGUUUGAUCAUGCCCAUCGUGACUACCGUCCUGAUGUUUACUGUUGAACUGGUCCUGUUCUUUUUAGACACCUAUCUGUGGUACGUUAUCUGGAGCACCAUCUUCUCCGUAUUCCAGUCUAUGCGCCUGGGUAUUUCCGUCAUGACAUCCUGGAAAAGCCUAUUUGUCAAAGUGCCUAUUAACAUGUUCAAGAAGCUGACAGUCGCUGCAAAAGAGGAACUAUCGGCCCCAUUACGUCGAAUGGCUUGCUCACAAAUGUGGAACGCCAUCGUCAUCUCCAUGUACCGUGAACAUCUUUUAUCAAUCAACAACCUCCAAUCCUUGCUUUACCAGGUUCAAGUAUCUGAAGAUCAGGACGGGUCGACUCUUCGUGAACUACAUGCACCACCUCUCUUUGACGCCAAAAAGACGUUCCGUCCAAACGACUAUUUCCCACCUCUUUCCGAGGCUGAGCGUAGAUUAUCGUUUUUUGCGCAGAGCUUGUCCACGCGGUUUCCGACACCUUGUUCUGUCGAGUCGAUGCCAACCUUUACCGUGUUUACUCCUCAUUAUUCCGAAAAGAUGAUAUUAUCACUUCGAGAAAUCAUACGUGAAGAGGAUUCAACCACACGUGUAACACUCCUGGAGUAUCUGAAGAAGCUACACCCUGCAGAAUGGAGUAAUUUUGUAAAGGACACCAUGUUUAUAGCAGAAGAGAGCCAAGAUUCGUAUCAGCCUUCGGACAAGGAGGAUUUACCGUUUUAUUGUAUUGGGUUCAAAUCAUCAGCGCCUGAAUAUACCCUCAGAACACGUCUCUGGGCGUCUCUUCGUGCACAGACUUUGUACAGAACGAUCAAUGGAUUCAUGAACUAUUCGCGUGCUAUCAAGAUACUCUAUCGCAUAGAACAUCCCGACGAAAUGCUAGGCGAGUCUUCAUCAUCGAACCCUCUUGUGGCUGAUAUGAUGCGUAGUGGAGAUGACGAAAUACUCAAGGUGAAAAAAACCGACAAGGCCGAAGACAGACUGGAAUCUAUUGCCAAUGAAAAGUUUCGGUACUUGGUAGCUAUGCAGCGGUACGCUAAGCUUAAUCAAGAAGAGAGAGCCAACUGCGAGUUUUUAUUGACGGAAUAUCCUAAUCUACAGAUCGCCUAUAUCGAAGAAGAAUUGGACGGUAACGGGCAUGUCGUCUAUUACUCGGUAUUGAUCGAUGGUCAUUGCGAAGUGCUUCCCAACAACAAGCGUGCACCGAAAUACAAGAUUAGACUGCCUGGCAGCCCGAUCUUGGGUGACGGGAAAUCUGAUAAUCAAAACCAUGCGCUUAUCUUUUCUCGCGGAGAGUUUCUACAGUUAGUCGAUGCCAACCAGGACAACUACUUGGAAGAGUGUUUAAAAAUACGCAGUAUCUUUGGUGAAUUUGAGCAAAAUGAAUCAAGACCGCUAAAGGAUAUUUACGCUCUGCAGAGUAGUCAAAGUAAGGAACCUUCUGUUCCUCCUGUGGCCAUCGUUGGUGCUCGUGAAUACAUUUUCUCUGAAAACGUUGGUGUAUUGGGUGAUGUCGCGGCUGGAAAAGAACAAACCUUUGGUACGCUCACACAACGCAUCAUGGCAAAAACUGGAAGCCGACUGCACUAUGGCCAUCCUGAUUUUUUAAACGCAGUUUUUAUGACAACAAGAGGCGGUGUGAGCAAAGCUCAACGUGGUCUACACUUGAACGAAGACAUUUAUGCUGGUAUGAAUGCACUCUUGCGGGGUGGGCGUAUUAAACACACGGAGUACCUUCAAUGCGGCAAGGGACGCGACUUGGGAUUCUGCUCUAUUCUCAACUUUACGACCAAGAUUGGCACAGGUAUGGGUGAACAACUCUUAUCGCGUGAAUAUUACUACUUGGGUACGCAGCUCUCUUUGGAUCGAUUUUUGACUUUCUACUAUGCGCAUCCGGGAUUUCAUAUGAACAACAUCAUGAUUAUCUUUGCUGUUCAGGUUUUUGUCUUUUGUAUGACUCUCAUAGGCGCCAUGGCUGCGGUUUUACCACACUGCUUGGGCAGCAAUUGCUUUGACGUACAUCCGGUAUACGAUUGGUUGCAGCGUUGUAUUAUUUCCAUCUUUAUCGUAUUCUUUAUCGCCUUUUUACCACUUUUUAUGCAGGAAUUAACCGAGAAAGGCACAGGCCGAGCUUUACUUCGAUUGAUAAAGCAGUUCCUGUCUCUGUCACCUAUGUUUGAAGUCUUUGUCACUCAGAUCUACGCGAACUCUGUGGUUUCCAACCUGAGCUUUGGUGGUGCACGCUACAUUGCUACCGGAAGAGGAUUUGCUACUUCACGAUUGCCAUUUUCUGUAUUGUACUCAAGAUUUGCUCAUCCAAGCAUUUACUUUGGUGCACGAACUAUGUUUAUGCUCAUCUUUGUCUCUCUCACCCUCUGGAUUCCUCACCUCAUCUAUUUUUGGGCAACGGUUACGUCUCUGCUCAUAUCACCCUUUGUUUUUAACCCACAUCAAUUUGUACUGAUGGACUUUAUCUGCGACUACAAAGAGUAUCUUGGAUGGCUUUCCAAGGGAAAUGCAGGUUAUUACCAUGAACAUGCCUGGGUUACAUUUUGUCGUCAAGUGAGAACGCAAGUGACUGGUAACAAGAAGAAAGCACGCAUGAAGUCUAUGGUGCAAGAUAGCAAGCCCAUUGUCGCAGUACCUCGAGCCCAUCUCUCGAGCAUUUUUUUUACCGAAAUUGUCAUGCCCUUCUUACAGACUGCGUUGUGCCUCUUUUGUUACAUCUUUUUCAAAAGUCGCGAACAAGUCGAUGUUUAUGGUGCACUUAUCAACCGAGUUAAUACCUCUUUGGGCCCCUCGGGGUCUCUUGGUCGUAUUUUGGGUAUUGCUCUGGGUCCCAUCGUCUUUAAUGCCAUUGCUCUGAUCUUGCUACAGGUCGUGUCUGUGUUGUCGGCCAUUGUCUCCGAAAAUAGCAAGCGCAGAGGAUGUUACAUAGCCAUUGUGGCACAUGGUCUGGCCGUGAUUGGCUUGAUCUUCUUUUUUGAGCUGUUUUGGGCCAUUGAAAAGUUUGAGGUACGAUCGACAUUACUUGGACUCUUGGCUAUAUUCUCUGUUCAAAGAACUAUAUUCAAGACAGUGUUAUCUAUCUUUUUGACGCGCGAAAUACACCAUGAUGCAACCAACAGAACUUGGUGGUCGGGCAACUGGAGAUCAAGCAAGGUUGGCAGACUUGCAGCAAGAGAAUAUAUCUGCAAGGUUGUUGAAAUGUCCGUGUUUACAGCCGACUUCAUACUUGGUCACUUCAUUCUAUUCUUACUGUUUCCAAUAACUUUAAUACCAUCUAUCGACAAGAUCCAUUCACUCAUCUUAUUCUGGCUGAGGCCGUCUAAGCAGAUCAGACCAGCUGUAUUACCAACAAAAGAACGAAGGAAACGGAAACAGACGGUGAUGGUCUACGGUCCUAUUUUUCUGUUUAUGUUAUUAUGGUUUGUUGCAUUAAUCAUAGUACCUCCCAAGGUUAUACCUCGAUUGUCAGAUAGAUAUCAUCAUAUUAUUAAAUAUUUGUAAAAUAAAUAAACUUCCUGCC